CCCUCCGGCCUCCGUUAUUUAUAAAUAAAAGCCCCAUCGGUUUUCGUUCUCUAUCUUCCUCGACUCGCAUCUACCCUUCUCUCUCUCUCUCUGCAACAACAAGAAGAAGAAGAGAAGACUUCUAAAACCCCCGCCGAGUCGCUCUCUGGGGAGAUCGAGGGUGAAUUGGAGGGGUAGAAGGGAGUAGAAGAGAGAAAUCCACUACGGAUUCCGAUUCUUUGGAGGCGGACACUCGAGAUCUAGGGCCAAAUGGCGACGGGGAAUCAGGAAGGGCCGGAUCGAAUCGGCGAUUUCAGUGUUCGCUGAGGGGGCUGUGUUGGAGAAAGUUUUUGGUGGUGGAUUGUUGCGGAUAAGUUUGGUAGUGGUGGAAUAUUGUGAAGUAGAAUUGGCCACUGCUGGACUGGGCUUAUUUGAUUAUUGCUGAAAUUGAAGGUGGUUUUUUAGCAUAUGUCAAAAAAGUCAAUGGAGCCUGUGGAAUUAUCAAAAGUAGAUGCUGAGCAGAAAACACUUUGUGCUGAGGAUUCAAAUGAACAGCCACUUUCUGCUAAAGAUGAGACGUCUGUAUCACCUAAUGUUUCACAUGACUCAAACACUAUGAAUCUACCAAAAGAUGCCCCAGGCCAGCUGGGUUCUUUGGAUGCAGGUGGAGACCGUAGUGCUGCUUAUCCAACCAAUAUCUAUGCUCCUCAGGCACAAGCAUUCUUCUCUGGUGGGUAUGAGAAUGCUACUGGUGAGUUCGAAGAAUAUCCUCGGUUUUUAAAUGUCGAGGGCUUGGAAGUUGGACCAACCGGUGUCUACAAUGAGAAUCCCUCUCUCAUGUACCAUACUGGAUAUGGGUACAGUCCUCAGAUGCCUUAUGGACCUUAUUCUCCAGUUACAACACCUUUGCCUCCUGCCAGUGGAGAUGGCCAUCUCUACACUCCUCAGCAUUUCCCCUUCUCGGGCCCUUACUACCAGCAACCAGUUCCUCCUAGCAUGCCAUUUCUUACUUCUCCGACUCCAGUUUCACAAGCUGAGUUAACAAUACCAGUUGACCAACAAGGAGCUUUUCUUGCUGAUGCUUCAAAUUCCAGUGGCAUGCUUUUUGGACCAGGACCUCGUUAUCAUGUUUCAUACGGCUCUUUCGGUAGAGGUAGCUUUGCUGGAAAUUUUGGUAAUCCUGGUUUCUAUGAUUUGAGGCAAGGGCUUGAUGGUUUUGGCUCUGGCGGCUUAUGGUCAGAUUGGUUGAAAUCUCCUGAUGGGACAGGACCAUUGACUCCAUUGUCACCAGCAGCUUCACCUCAGCCGAUUGGUGCACUUGGGCCAUUUGGGCAAAGCACAAUGCCUUUAGCUGGAAUGGCUCCACAGCAACAAAAGCCCUUUUACGGUUUUGGAUCCUCAUUUAGCUCCCAUGAUAGACUGUACCCUCAUGGUGGUAUUUAUCCUCAGGGCAGUAAUGUUGGGGGGUCCCUUCCCAGAUUGGGCAUCAAUGUUCGGAGUUUGAGUGCAAUCGACAAUGGCAGAAAGCGAGGAAAGGGUGGUGCUUCAUUGUGUAGUUGCAAUGGCACCCCAGACUUUCUCUGUGAGCAAAACCGAGGGCCACGGUCCACUAGACCAAAGAAUCCAGCAGUGGAACAGAACUCAUCAGUGGAUGGUAAAAUUGACAAUUCUACUACAAAAGCUAACCGUGAGUUAUAUAACAGUCCAGACUUUGUUAUGGAGAACAAGGAUGCCAAGUUCUUCAUAAUAAAAUCUUACAGUGAGGAUAAUGUCCAUAAGAGCAUCAAAUAUGGUGUUUGGGCCAGCACUGCCAAUGGGAACAGGAAGUUAGAUUCAGCUUAUCAUGAGGCAAAAGAGAAGGACAAUCCCAGUCCAGUUUUCUUGUUUUUCUCGGUAAAUGCCAGUGCACAGUUUUGUGGGGUUGCUGAGAUGAUUGGACCUGUGGAUUUUGAGAGGAGUGUGAAUUAUUGGCAGCAAGACAAAUGGACUGGUCAGUUCCCUGUCAAAUGGCAUAUCGUGAAAGAUGUCCCGAACAAUCUGUGUCGCCAUAUCAUCCUCGAAAACAAUGACAAUAAGCCAAUAACCAAUAGCAGAGACACCCAGGAGGUGAAACUGGAACAGGGUUUGGAGAUGCUAAGCAUUUUCAAAAAUCAUGACGCUGACACGUCAAUUCUCGAUGACUUUGACUUCUAUGAGGAGCGGGAGAAAGCAAUGCAGGAGAGGAAGGCUUGGCAGCUGCAGCAUCAGCAGCAGCAGCUAUCGAACUCUAGAGUGGCCCCUUCAGAAGUUGCUGGCAAUGAUCAAAGGAACCCGGCAGUCAUCUCUGGUGAUGUCAUAAAACAAAUUUCAAAGAGCUUUGCUCAAGCUGUCCAGUUGGAGGAAGGUAAGAAUGCAGAUCCAGCUGGAAAUUAACAGCUCUGCCAAUGCUACUGCUGCUCAGAUAAGCAAGCAACGGCAACUGUGACACAGCAGGUAGAUUCUUCCUGAAGAUCUAUUCACGUCUCCUGCCAAAAGGUGUCUUUCUUUGUGAUUGGACAUCUAAAGCUUGGAAGCAGCAAUGAGUAGCUUCUCGAUCAUGUACAAUACAUAGGUCUCACCAACCUAGGGCUGUAAUUUUUCUCCACCUUCCUUUUUCCUUUUUAAUCUUCAUGUUAUUUUCCUUUAGUUGUCUGGUCGCAAGCCUUAAGCAGGGCUGCAGUUUUCUGCAAGCCUUUGUAAAGUUUCCACUUUGGAUGCCAGAUGAAUGAGCUAUCUUUUUCUAGUCUUAUCUUU